AUGAGUCCCCAAAUCUCGCUCCCGCUCCUGGGCGAGGGCACUGCUGAGGGUCCACAGGGCGACCUGCUCAAUACAUUCGAUGCCACUGGUCAGCUUAUUAUGCCCAUGCCAGGCAUAACCCCUAUAGUCGAGGAGAAGAAGGAGCGUAAGAAGCGCACCUACGAUCCCAAUGCCCCCAAGCGCCCCCUAACUGCUUUUUUCCUCUAUAUGCAACAUGCUCGUUCCAUCAUCGCCAUCGACCUGGGUGCUGAUGCUCCCAAGGGAGCCAUUCAGGUAGAGGGGGAGCUCCGGUGGGCAUACAUGGAUCCCCGGGAGAAGCUGGGCUGGAGUAGCGCCUACCAGUUCAACCUGCGUCUAUACAAUGCCCGUGUUCACUCCUACAAGAACAGAAACUUCGAUGCUAAGAAUAUGCCUGAUGGGGAGGCGUUUAUGUAUGCCAAGGAUUUCCACAUCCCUAUGCCAGAGCUCAAAGAGAUUGCAACCCAGGCUAAGGUCCCCGUCAACGACAAAGAGACUAUUGUCGAGCUGCUGCAGCAGGUUACCGCCGCCGCCUGUGACGGCGAUGAGGAGGAGAUUAUGAAUUCAGUAUAUGACAUAGCCUUGGGUUAA